UACGUGUACAUCGUUUACAUAAUGGCGACUUAUUAGCUAUUACCAAGUGUUUGUCCUUUCGAUAAUCUAAAAAAUCUAUGCUGUGCAUAGCGAAGAAAAUAAAAAUUUAUGCCAUCAGGUCACCUAUUGCUCAAUAAUCAAAAUAUCCCACAGGUUGUUUCAAAGAAAGCUAAUAAGUAGAAAAUACCACAUUUUAUGUGUUUUGAGUGAAAGGAAAGACAAAAGAAAAGAAGGAAUUGAAGACAAAUUUUAACUCAGAAAAUGGCCUCUACAUCGUCUCAGCAAGCGUCUGAAAGAGAGUCAUGGACUCCCUUGCACGAGGCAGCAGCAGAAGGAGAUGUGUCGAGAGUGAGGCGUCUUCUCGUUAAUGGAGCGAGUACCAGUAUCCGAGUCGGUCGCGGUCUGACGCCCCUCCACCUCGCUAUUAUCUACCAGAAAGGAGCUGUAGCAAAAGUCCUCAUAGAUAUGGUCGACAGUCUCGACAUUCAGGACGAGGAUGGAAGAACUCCCUUGCAUCUAGCCGUCGAGUAUCGAUGCAUGGAAGCCUUGACGAAGCUGGUCAGAGUUGGUGCCAACACCCACAUCCAAGACAAACAUGGCCAGACACCUCUCCAUAUCGCUCUGCUCAGAGAUAAGAGGAGCGCGAUAGAUAUGUUUUUGGAUCCGCACAUCAAGAACAACGUCCAAGACGAGCAUGGGCGAACUCCCUUGCAUAUAGCCGUCGAGUACAGAUGCGUCGAAAUUGUGCGGAGAUUGGUUGCCACGGGCGUUGACACCCGCAUCCAAGAUGCGAGUGGCCGGACGCCUUUGCACAUCGCUCUGAUAUAUCGGAAGGAAACCGCGGCAGAAGUCCUCAUCGACGUCGAGGACAAUUUGGAUAUUCAAGAUGGGGAGGGAAGAAGUCCAUUGCAUGUAGCUGCCGGGUAUGGAUGUGUGGAGACGGUCAAGAAGCUGCUGGCCAGAAAGGUCAAUAUGGAUAUACAAGACAAAAAUGGCCGGACCCCCCUGCAAGUCGCUCUGGCUUAUCGGGACGAAGAGGAGGCAGAAGUCCUCCUGGCUGGAGGCGGUGAAUAUGACGUUCAAGAUAAAGAAGGGAGGUCUGCCUUUCAUUAUGCCGUAAAGUACGGGCAUGCGGGAAUCAUGAGGAAGCUUAUUUCUGCCUGCGUCAAUCUGCGCCUCCAAGAUAAACGUGGCUUCACUCCCCUGCAUCUCGCUAUCGAUUGUGGGAAGAAGGAAGAGGCGGAAUUCCUCGCCGAUGUGGAUGGCCGAAAUGAUGUACCGGAUGUAGACGGUACGACCCCUCUGGUUUUUGCCUUUCAGCAUUACUAUGAAGGCACGGUGAAAAAGCUGCUGUUCUACGGCGCGAAUCCUCACGCAAAGAACAAGUUCGGAAGAUAUAUACUGCAAGGGUGUAAAGAGGUUAAGAAAUUCCGGAAUAUACUUCUGGAAAUGUAUGCUUGGAAAGGGGUGGCGAUUGAUUGGACGGCGAUGAAGCUCAGGCCCUAUGAGGAGCAGGAAUGCAUCGAAUAUAUGUCCGAGUGUGACGCCGAAAUCCAGCAAAUGAAGAACAGCAAAGUGUAUGGGACUACCCUCUCCUACUAUGCUUUUGCGAAGGCACCCCUGCGCAAAGCCGCAGUGUACCUCGAGAACGAAAACGUUCGCAAUGCAUUGCUGGGGUACCCGGCAAUAUUGAUCUUUCCCCACUACUCCGAUUUGAUUGUUUUCAGAUCGGGUAAAGCCGAAGAGAGGCGAGUCCUGGCUGCCAAGUGUGUGGACUGUUUCGCUAUUUUGUGCAGGAACUUGCCUCCUCUGAUUAGAAUAAGCAUCGACAUCAUAUUGGGCUGUUUAAAUGAGCGAGACAUGGAGAAUUUUGUCGCUGCUUUCCAGUUCAAUUCCUGAGAAUUGUGUUUUAGGUGAAGAAAGGUUAACCACUAAGAAACCUGAGCAUCAUGAAAUUUUGGCAUCUUUAGGUAAAAAACUUUUUUGAGAGAAAAAAUGGUAAAAUAUACAUAUUUAAAUUGCAUCACAAGUACCAUCAACUCGGGUAACUUUGGCCUUUACAAGUCACAUUGGUCCUACAGACGUUAAGUCUAUCAUUACUACCAGCAAUAAUUAAAGCAAGCCACUGCUGCCACCUAUUAAACCCUUGAAACAAAUAAGUAAUUUUCACACUUCUGGAUACAGUAAGACGAUCUCUUUUCGCUCAUUAGACCAAAGUUAUCCGCCCCAGUUGAUGGUGCAUUUUGAAUUUUUUUAUACGCACCAUUCAAUUUCUCAACAAAAUUCAAUGUUAAAAAAUACUGCAUGUAUUCUUCAAAAUUAAUAUUUGUAUUCUUCCUGAUGUACAUUUUUAACAGGUGGAACCAUUUUUAUUUACUAAAUUAUUCUUUUUCCUGUUACAAAAUAAUUUGUCUUGAAACAGCAUUGUUGUUUUCACUCUAAAUUAUGUGCUGUAUGAAAUUAAAUUCACUUGUUUUUUUAUUUUUGAGCUGUUAUAAUGUUUUGAAAUUCGAAUUGUUGUACAAUUGAAUUGAGAAAUGUUGGAAAGUACCAAUUUAAAGAUAUAUUGCUGAAAACAUGACCACGGGUCUGACCAAUAGAAAUUUGUGUUCCUUUAAGGACCUUUCACAAAAGUCCAACUGUUUAAAAUGGACCGUUCACCGAUUGACCAAAUUGAUGCAUUACUUUUGGUUCACAUUUUGAAAUUUCACAAAAUGAUUUGAUUUACCAAAAUGUUUUUAAAACUUCACGAAAAUAAGACCUUGUGAAAAAUCCUUGACGGACCCCUGAAGACCUGUGAUGAAUUUAUUUAUUUCAAAGCAAUAUUUAUUGUUAUUUUAAAUUAUAUGUUACAGACCUGUGUUAUGUUUUACAAGACGACUAAAAUUUAAAUAAAAUGCGUAGUAGAGAU